UUCAGUAGUGCUUCUUCUUCUUCUUUUAGGAAGAGUUGAGAAAUUCAUGAUAAGUCUGAAAGAGCAAAAACGUAUUUCCGUGAUUGUUUUUAAUAUAUUAAUUAAUUAUACCGAAUAAAAUUUUUAUAAUACACUGCAAUGGACGUGUUACGGCAGAAAUCCGCCCCGUUGUCAGACGAAACGAUUCUUUGGUUUGAGUUCUUAUUGAAACCAAAUUUGCUGAUAAAACACCUGUCUAAACCGAUUCCGAUACCUUCAGCGACGGAGUUAAUAGCCCAGUUUCUAUCAAUAGCUCCGGAAAACCAAAAUCCGAACGAUCUCAACUCACCAGAAACGGACAGUAUGAACAAAAAUGAUGGCCUCAAGUACAGUAAAAAGCAUCUGGCAUUGAAAGUACUCGCUCUGAAGGUUGCGGCAUAUCUUCGAUGGGAUCUGGAUGUACUGGAGAAAAAUCUCCCUGCACAACGCCAGGUACAAUUAUUAAGUGAUCUUUGCAGCAUUGCAGCUGGUAAGACAGUACAUUUACCGCUUUCAUUGGUUCACGAGAGCCCGAUUGUGGGACCAGAAGGAUCCAAACAUUGCUUAAACUUUGCUCUCGCUUUGUACCAUCGGUGGGUUUUACGUGCACAGGUUAUACGAGGUUCUUUAGGAAAUCGAAUGAAUAAGCCAUACGGAAUUGGUCCAGGAGGAGUGGAUGCCAACUCCAUGAGGGAAGAAGCUUUGAUAAACGUACCAGAACCAUUUAUCAACACUAGCAUUGAAUAUCUCAAUCGCAUAUUACUGGACCCGGAACCUUUUAGGGUGUUGACCUUUGACUCGUUUGUAGCUCUAGAUGCGCAUGCAGACAGUGGACAGCAAAGGUUCGAAUCGGCUUUACCAAUAUCGAAAGCGGAACUGGCCGUUCAAAUCCAUUACGAUCUCUGUAUGUAUUAUUUGUACAUGCAAAAAUAUGAGCUCGCUAAACAGAACAUUGUUAAUUGCAAGGAAAAUUUAGACCAGUUGAAGCAGGAAUACUGUAGGAAAAAUCUGAAUGCGUACAUUUUCUGCACUGUUGAAGAAGAGCAAAUCAGAGGAUGCAUGAUGGCUUGUGGAGUUUCCGGUGAACCUGAUGGAUUACUGGAAAGACUUAAUGAGUCAGUCCUUAAUCAUUACUCUGAUGUUGUUCCUAUUUUAAAGGAAGAUAACAUUCGACGGGAGAUACCUAUGACUCAGAGAAAAAUUCUAGAACUAAAUGUCGAAGGUUUCGUGUCUAUGGGAAGCCCAGAAAUUAGCACCAACGAUCAAAGGGAACUUGAACUAGCUGUUGUGGCAUUGAAUGUUAUAAGACACGUCCUUGAUGGUGAUAACAUUCUUGGUUCAAAUGCCGCCCUUCAAAAGUAUAAAUCACAAGAACUAAAGCUGCUGGAACUUAUGCUGCAGUACGGAGAUGAGUUGUAUGACGAACUUUGCCUGACCGAUCGAGAUUUGUUGAAAAAAUACUUCAUACAAGUAAUCACGCUACUUAACAAUUCCACGGGCGUAGAGGCUAUGCUGAAAAGCUAUCCAAAACUUGUUUCCCCCCAAGAGUUUGACGACCUCAAGAGGCAAAAAGUUAAGGAUGACAUUCAGUUCUCCGGCAUCGGCGUUCAGGCAGAUUGGAAUGUUUGUGAAUCGAAAAUGCUGCGAUUGGAUGUAGGCACUUUCGAGCGACAACUGAUAACCUGUACUCACGCGAGUGGCGUUAGAAAAAUUCUUGUCAAGCUUGCAGGAACAAACCCAACAAAGCCUCUGUGGAGCAUAAACCCUAGUUGGUCCAUUCCUUUACCCAUCAAGCAGCUUCUGAUGUCGCUUCAACGUGGUUUCCUACAGGACUUUGCGUACAUCCUCGUUGGCAAAUCUCGAGAACUCGCUGCCAAAAAAGAUUACUCAGCAGCCAUAGCUCUUCUGACUUGCCUAAAGAGUGAAACUACUCGCUCGGAUUUGGCCAACAAUCCCCUGGUGUUAGUUCUGGGCAAAAUGGCGGCCUGGGAAGGACUACUGAUACAAAUACAACAGGUCUUAGAGGAGUGGCCCAAAAAACCAACUGAUCAAGCUCAAUUUGUGCGUAAUUGCAAACAGUGUCUCAAUUCCAGUACUAGCAACGAUAUUGCUCCUAGACCUAAAAUUCUUGAACAUUGUGCGGCGAUUUUGUUGAACUUCAACGACUGGAACAGCUUGUUGAAUCCUGACAAACGCUAUCCGGCAUUGGAAUUGAGUGCUGCCAUUGCUCAGGCUUAUCUUGAUAUAGAUAAAUUCAAAGGCACAGAAAAAACAAGCCAAGAAGCGUGGGAUUUGAUACUUCCAAUAUUUAUCAAUCAAAACACUAGACAGCGUCACUCAACAGAUAAUGUAACCAUGUUACAGCUAUUUCUACAGAAACUUCGAGACCCUUUGGUGCUAUCAAUCGUUCUUUCAUUGCUGGCCAAAAUGUACAAUAUCAUUAAAUAUGAAUCCAAUUUAGAUCUGAACGCCGAAUAUAUGUUUCUCUGGCCAGUGAGCAUUAAGAAUUCUGCCAUGUAUAAUCACAAAAUGAUACAGGAAACACUCAACAAUCUGUUGCAACAAGCCCUGAAGUACUAUCCGAAUAACAUUCCCUGGAUCAAGCUUAAAGGUGAUUUGGAGUUUUCAAACGGCAAUCAUGAAGCAGCGAUGCGAUACUAUGUAACAGCAUUGAUUUCUGGUUCUGAGUAUUGUACGAUCAGCCUUCAGCGGCCUCUGAUGGAUGAGUUCAUUAUUAGGCGUAUGAUCAAAUGUUGUACAAGUUUAGGAUGUUAUAUGCAGGCGGCCGUUCUCUGUCAAUUUUUGGAUGAAACCGAUUACGGACUGGCAUUCAAAAGCGUUAUCGAAAAGUCAUCCAGUUUUACCGAUGCCAUGGAUUCAUACUACAGCUGCAUUUGGGAUCCGACACUUUUGGAGUUUAUCGUCAACUGGCACUUUAAGAAGGGCGAACAUAAACGAAGGCUGCAGGCUAUUUCAUACUUGGGACAACUGGAGUUGAAUGCUAACAAUAACGAGGAAAUAAGACGAGAGGCAGCUGCAGUUCGAAAAACGCGCUUCUUAAGAUCCUUGGCGAGACAGUACAUGUUGUAAAGGUGCGAAACAACAGAUAAAUCUGAAUCAAUCAACGUUUAUUGGAAUAAAAAUACAAUCGAUAAUUUUGGGUUAAGUAAAGAAGACUUUUUAAUAACCCGUCUGAUUACUUUGGUUUCCGACCAGGUUUGCCUCCAGCUGUUUUGGCUUUCUUCGAAGCUGGUGUAGAUUUUUUAUCAUCUGGUUUGCGUUUCAUCGAAGGAGAUGGUGAUGAUGGAAGUACCUUGAAGAAAGAGUCAAGACGUCCUUGUGUAGCAGUUGAUUUAGUUUUGAGUAUUUUCUUAGCUCCAGCUCUGAUUCGAUCUUCGUUAAACUGGCGAUCCCCACACAGAAACUUAACAAGGCCUUCCUCAUCUGGUUCGGUCCAUUUUAAUUCCAAUGAUUCCGGUUCUGUUACUUCUGGACGUUUGAAAAGCUCCCGUGCUUGUUUGUAGUUCCAGUUUUCUGGGACGAUAUAUUUCUUGGUGUCGAGAUUAUCAAGGAUAUCUUCAAUCGAACGA